AUGGCGGACGCCGCGGACGCCAGCGCGGGCCCUCGGCCCCGAACCCCAGUAGCCGCAGGCCCGGCCCUGGCGCCCCACUUCGCCCGCACGAAGCCGUUGCUGGAGCACUCGGGUGCGCUCGCAGUGGAGGGGCCGUUCAACCUGGCGCUCGACGCCCCGAACAGUGCCGUCCGGAUGGGCGGGGCGUUUUCGUUCAUGUGCACCUUGAGGAUGGAUGGCACGGGCAGCUGGAGUCGCGUGUUCGACUUCUCCCUUACUGCCGACGAAGACAGCAUCACGGCCGGGGCUGUCGGGCUGACGAACGACUUGCAUUUUACCGUUUUUCGAGGCAAGAAGCCGUUCAGCGUGGUCGUAAGUAAUUUCUUCGAGCUCGGAACAGAGGUGACCAUGCUCUGCACGGUCACUCCCUCGGGGCAUAUGAGGGUCUUCAAGGACGGCGCGCUCGUUGGGGAGAACGAGGAGGGAAUGGCUCCUCUGCGACAGGACAGGCCGCGCAUGAUCCUUGGUGGCCACUACCUCUAUGCCGGACAGGAGUUCCACGGCAGCCUGAGGGACGCGAAGCUCUGGAACCAGGAGGUGGCGUGGCAUGCGCCGGAGAGUGCCGGGGCCCCGCUCGGGCCCAAGGCGGGCGGACCGUUCCUCGGCGACGCCGACACCGCGUCUUCGGGCACGGGCGGGGAGUCCUGGGACGCGGAGUCCUCGGAGGAGGGGCAGUGGCACAGCCACGGCCUCACCCCCGCCGGCGGGUGCGAGGAGCACGCGGCGGCCGUGCCCUAG